UUUAGGGAAUCACUUCCUGUCAGUCUCCGUCCCCCACCUCUCUAUCUCUCUCUCUCUCUCUCUCUCUCUCUCUCUCUCUCUCUCUCUCUCUCUCUCGUGAUGGACACUCAGAAGGAAGCUCUGUCCAGGAUCAUCUGCACUCUAGCCAAUAAGAAUGAGGAGCUGCAAAACUUCCUGGAAACAGUUGACAACACGCUGACAGGACUGCAGGAGGAAUCAUGUAAGGUGUUGUCUGAGCUGGAGGCGGAGCUUGAACAGAUCAGUUCUGCUCUAGACUGGAAGGGGGCGGAGCUUCGUGGAAUUAUUAAAGAGGAAAAGCAAAGGAAAGAGGCGGAGCUUCAGAAGCAGCUGUCGGAGGGCAAGUUCGCUCUGUUGUCUUGUGAAGAACUUCUUGAGUUUGCAAAUCAAACUCUGAACAUCAGUGACGAAGAAGAAUUCCUGAAGGCUGCGAAACAGAUCAAAGAAAGGGUUACCAUGGCCCCAGCCUUUCGGCUAACGACUCGACCGGCCGUGUCUGAGAACAUGGCACAGUUUACAGUUGACUUCAGCACAGAGAGGUUGGGGCUUCAGCGGCUUCAUUUCCUGCCAGUUCCAAGAGCUCCAGAGAUCGACGUCGCCAACUGUGUUGUCUGUGACAACACCAUCUCUGUUGCCUGGCAACCGGCUGGUGAUGCUGACAGCGACAGUGGAAGAAUUGAACGCUAUGAAGUCGAAUACCGAAAAACAAACCGCGACUCCUCGCUGAGAGCAGCAGGAGAGGCAUGCUGGGAAAAAAUCCAUGACAUCAGAGAGACAAAGGUCACGAUCUCAGGUCUGAAGUUUGACUCCUACUUCGUUGUUGUUCGAGUUCGAGCAAAAAACAAGACUGCUGCUGGCGAGUUCUCAGAGCCGGUUGCCAUAGAAACCAGAGCAUAUAAUUUCGGCUUUGAUGCAGUGACGGCUCACGCUGAGCUGAAGAUCACAGGUGAUACUGUAACCUGGGAGCCACAGGGGGUCAAGGGUCAUGACCCCCGCCUGAGAAGCAAAGACAAUAAAAACAGCAGCAGAAGCGCGACGCCUUCGCCCAAUAAGACGACAGGAGUUCGAGGAGGACGCGACCGAUUUGCUGGAGAGUCGUACACAGUACUGGGUGACCUUGAGAUGACAGGCGGCCUUCACUACUGGGAGCUCCGCCCCCUGGCUGACUGGAAAUCAUUCAGUGUGGGCGUGGCUUAUAGGCUAAGCCUGGGCCGAUACGACCAAUUAGGAAAGAGUGCUGGUUCGUGGUGUCUCCAUGCCAGCCAAUGGCUGCAGAGCUCUCUCGCUGCAAAGCACAACAACCGAGCCAAGGCGCUCGAUUGGCCGCUGCCUCAACGAAUCGGAAUCUACUGUGACUAUGAUAAUGGUGAGCUAGCGUUUGUUGACGUCGACCGACUUCAGCUUCUUCACUCCUUCAAAACAAGGUUCAGCCAGCCGCUUGUCCCCGCCUUCACCGUCUGGUGUGGUGGCAUCACCGUGGUUACAGGCAUGCAGGUUCCGAGCUUCAUGGGUAAUUUUCUUUCCACCAAUCGGAGCCUCAGUAAUCUUUCACAGUAAAACAAAGUUUUCCAAUCAAAUUAAUUUAAUUCUUACAAUCUUAUAAUUUAUUUAUUUAAUUUAUUAAUUUUUAAUUGAGUUCUAACUUGUAAAAAGUUUUCUUUUCAUAAUAAAUAUUUUUUUGUUGUGAAAUCAUUAAAAUAAUAAAUAUGACGCUGAGGGUUUUAUUAUCAUGAAGUUAAUUUUGUGAUGUUUUCACUUUGAUAUAAAAAUGUGUUCGUGAUUUGAUUAAUUCAAGUUAAGAUGCUACAGUGAUUAUUUUUUUCUGUUCUCAGAUUUAUUUGAGUGCUUUUAUUUUGAAAGAAAAGGGUUUUGUGAAUGAUGGACCUUUUAGCAUUGAGAGAAUAUUUCCUGUUUCAACUUGAAGAGUGUAGUUUAUUUUGAAUGUUAUCUGUGGAAGUCUUUUGUUUUGACAGACUGACAAAAUUAGAUAAAGUAUUUCAAGCUUUAAUUUUGAAGGUUAAGAUAGAAACUUCCUGUAACUUCAAGAAACAGAAAGUUAUAUAUACCUGAAAUGUGAUUUAUAAAUGUUCAUAUUUAUUUCAUGUUGUGACUCAAAACAAAGUUUUGUAUCAAAUUAAAAGUUUGUUAUCAAAGAAAAUAAUUAAAUGGAACAAUGUGAAAA